UACAGUGUCUCAGGUGAUGUUAUCUGCGUGCAUCCGAUGUCCUAGGUUAAUAUAAUUUUCUCUCAACUGUUCAAUGAAUGAAUAAAAGACUGCAGGGAGAUUUAAAUUAAUUUAGGUAACGUGGAUAUAUCGAUAUCGUUCCGGCAAAGUGAAGUGAGAUAACAACUUUCUGUUUCAUAGUAGGAGGCGUGAAUACAGAAGGAAAUUUCUUAUAAGAGCAAGUUAAAAGUUUGGCGCUAUUUUGUGAAAUUUUUGGUGCGGUUAUCACAGGAACAUGAAACCCAAACAUUGUCUCGUUUUCUUCGCCUUUCUCUGCAGCCAGGCUCUGGCCACUUUCAAACUACAAGAGCACUUCCAAUGGAAUAUCUUGGACUACGAAUAUCCAUCAGAAGAGGCCCGUUUACAAGCGAUCCUAACAGGAAGAUUCAAACCAGAAAAUAAUCUUCCCGUAGGAAUCGAAAUAUGGAAUGAUAAAAUGUUCAUCUCUGUGCCAAGAUGGAUGGAAGGUAUUCCAGCAACAUUAAACUAUGUCCCUUUGAAUAUACCUGUGAAAAACCCAAGACUCAUUCCUUAUCCAGACUGGGAGUCAAACGAACUAGGAAAUUGCGAAAAAGGACUCAGUACCGUCUACAGGAUCAAAGCAGACAAAUGCGACAGAUUAUGGGUCCUAGAUACUGGAACUUUUGGUAUCGAGAACACCACGCAGAACCCAUGCCCCUACGCCCUGAACGUCUUCGAUUUACGAACAAACCAAAGACUGAGAAGAUACGAAUUGAGACCGGAAGAUACGAAUGCCAACACCUUCAUCGCUAAUAUUGCAGUGGAUCUGGGAGACACUUGUGACGAUGCCUUUGCUUAUAUGAGUGACGAACUAGGCUACGGUUUGAUUGCCUAUUCAUUCAGGGAAAACAAAUCCUGGAGAUUCACCCACAGCUACUUUCUGCCCGAUCCUUUGAGAGGUGAUUAUACCAUCGACAAAUUGAAUUUCCAAUGGGGCGAGGAAGGCAUCUUCGGCAUGAGUCUAACCCCUCCUAAAGCAGAUGGCUUCAAGUUGUUGUACUUCAGCCCCUUAGCUUCCCAUAGGGAGUUCGUGGUUUCCACGCAAACUUUACGAAAUAGCUCGAAAGUUGGCAACAGCUGGAAUGAAUUUUAUGCCUUGGCAGAGAGGGGCCCGAACUCGCACACAACAUCUAGAGUAAUGGACGAUAAGGGCUUACAAUUUUUCAAUUUGAUAGAUCAAAACGCCAUUGGAUGUUGGAACUCCGAGAAGGAAUACAAGGCCGAGAAUCAUGGAAUCGUCGAUAAAGAUGACGAAGAAUUGAUAUUUCCUGCUGACGUUAAAGUUGACCGAAACGAAAAUCUGUGGGUUAUCUCUGAUAGAAUGUCAAAUUUCCUACUGUCCUCGUUGAACUAUAAUGACAUCAACUUCAGAGUUAUGUUUGCACCCAUUGAUGUUUUGGUGAAAGACACUGUUUGUGAAUGUAGACCUAACGACCUCUCAGGUUUAAGAAUACCGCACCGAUUUGGACAAUUUCCUGUGCAGCUGUAUUCGCCUUACCCUGGAAAAAGCCUGUUUUAGUUUUUGUAUCCUCUAAAGUAUUGGCGAUUCACUGAUGAAGAGGGUUUGUAUUUUUCAAGUUCUCAGAAAUACUAUACCGUCGCUAAAAUAUUAUAGUUUCACCUACAUCGUCAGAUCAGUCUGAAAAUGUACGUGAAUUUGUCUGUGAAUCUAGAAAAACCUUCGAAUUCUUCACAUUCUCAAAAAUUGAAUCGAUACAGAGUAUCACAAUAAAAUUACUGAUAAUAAAUUAAUUUUUUGGGAACUCAUUAAUUGUAAUAUAGCUACA